GAUGUUAACAUGUGUGCUUAAAAUGCACAUGAAAUUAACCGCACCUAAUCACUAAAGGUUGAUUUUAAAACUAUUUAAUAUUUUGCAGAUAGCUUCCUGAUUCAAUAGAGCAGACAAGUUUGUUGAUUGAUAAGCCAUGGAGAUUGUCAAAACAUUCUUGUUUAUAGCCUUUUCUUCAGCUUUCUUUCCAUUAAUAAGUGUAGCCACUGAACCGGGCUUAGGAAUUUGUGGAGGAAAGGAGGAUCUUUGUUGUGACGGUUACUAUCAAGAAAAUAGAACAUGCAAAGUUUGUCCAAGAGGGUGGUAUGGCAAAAAUUGCACAAGAAAGUGCCCCCCAAACUCAUAUGGAGAAUUAUGUGGUGAAACAUGUAAAUGUACAUUUGAGGAAAAGUGUGAUCAAGUACAAGGAUGUAUGCCAAGAGGAAUAUGCACUGGUGUUAACGGGUGA